AUCACUAUUACGCAUGCGCAGUGUUGUCGGCGACUCUUAUAUAUCUAUAAAACCGCCCAAGUCUCGCUGGCUGAUCUGCUUGUUUGGCGAACAGAGACAGAGUUCAGACGAAGAGAGGGUCGGCGUUCCUUGCAAGGAGCGGCAGGCAAGAUUAUAGGAACUACGACCUAAUCAAUCCUGUCUGGCAGGAAGAGGGCAUUGAUUGGAAGCUGUACACGAGCAGUGGGGUGGAUGUCUUCCCCAGUGGAGGAGACUGAGGUGGUUGUGGUAGGUGGGGGUCCCGUGGGUCUAACAACGGCUGCCUCCCUCAACUAUCAUGGGAUCAAAACCAUAGUCGUUGAGAAGAAAACCGCGAUUUCGGUGCUGGCAAAGGCACAGUUUCUGUCUGGUCGUUCAAUUGAGCAUUACCGGCAGAUUGGACUUGAGAAACUGGUCCAGAAUGCAGCCUGGGCACGUGAUCAGCAGGUUACCAUUAGGAUAUGUAAUCAGGUUUUGAACGGCAACAGCCUUGUGCUUAACAAAAUAUCAUCCUGGGGUGAUAUAGUCGAUAAAAAACCGGGUUGCAAGUUUUUGUUUUACAAGGAAGGAAUGUCUGCUAGUGCGCCUCUUAUGUGCCCCCAGACAUCGUUAGAGCCUGCACUUAGAGAGCAUCUGGACGGGAAGGAAAACGUCUCCAUGCUUUGGGGGUGGGAGGUUGCAAAUCUCGAGCAGGAUGCAAACGGAGCAACCCUCACCAUAGUCAGUGGGGAGGGAGAGGAUCGGCGAGAGAAGCAGAUUCGGGCUAAGUUUGUCGUUGCUUGCGAUGGGGGUAGGAGCCCCCUACGAAGGCUACUCAAUGUUCAUACCUAUGGGGAUUUUGUAUUUGCUCGGGCUGUAAGCAUUAUGAUAAGAAGCAAUGAGGUUUUUGACAGGAUUCAGCAGAUUACGGGGCCCGGUCUUUUUAUUGUCAUUAACCAGCAAUUCUUUGCUGUGCUUGUUAAUGUGAAGGUUAAAGGCGAGUUUGCCACUCACAUUGUCCUACCACGUGGUACCACGGAUGAGAAAGUAAAUGAUAUUGUUAGUAAUCCGAGUCGAUAUAUCAACAUGAUUUUAGGCGAAAGGGUUGCACACACCAUAUCCGUUGUUUCUGCAUACAGUAUGCAUGGCUUAGUUACAACGGAGUUUGGUGUCGGCCGCUGUUUCUUUGCUGGUGAUAGCGCACACCAGUGGGUGCCCGCUGGGGGUCUUGGGCUGAAUACUGGCAUAGGCGAUGUCUUCAACUUGACGUGGAAGAUAGCGGCCGUGCUGAAGGGCUAUGGGGGGCCACAGCUCCUAAAGUCAUAUGAGGUUGAACGCAAGCCAGUGUGCGACCUUACACGGCGUUAUGCAAUGGCAUUGGCCCGAACUGCCGGUGGUGGCGGCAACUCAUCAGUACUUACUGGCAUUAUCCUCUCAAGCCCAAUAAUUACUUCUAUUCUGCGCAAGUUUUUAAACCCUGCAUUGGAUUCCCGCCUAGCAGCAGGCCAAAAGUAUGUAUUUGGGUUAGAGUAUCCCAAUUCGAAUGUGGUUGUCCAUGAGCACAAUCCUAAUGGAAAGCAGUAUCUUAGUAUCACCACUGAAAAAUAUGUCCCCACAUCAUUUCCUGGUCAACGUGCCCCCCAUGUUGCUUUGCCAGACCAGGAAACGAUCCUUGAUCUUUUUGGAAACGGCUUUGUGCUGUUGGUGAUAGGUGGGCAGAAGACGGACUGCGUACAGCUCAGGCAUGAACUGGAGAAGCGUAAUGUGCCGUUUUCAACUCACGCAUUUUCAAAGUUUACAGAGCUUGUUGCUCUCUAUGAUCGCAAGUAUUUCCUGGUUCGACCUGAUGGGGUCAUCUGUUGGCGCUCUGAUAUACAGCCAAGUGCUCACGAAGCCAGGCGUAUUGUUUCCAUUGUUUUAGGUGAUUGCCCACCACAAAGACUUUCACCUUUUCACCCGCAGAAACCGUCUUCUCAGUCUGCCUCGUUUGUCCUCGAUAUUAUUUUGGCUAGCGGUAUCGGUAGCCUUCUUCAUAAGUACGCCAGCCUCGAUUUCAAAGCAUCGUUGGGUGUAGGUUUGGGGUUGUUUUGGUUCUUGCGACGACGCAAAACCACACCACAGAUCACGGAAGAAAGUACAGGCCGACACAAGGCUGCAGUGAUAAAUGCCUUUGGCAAUGCUGAGGACGUGUUUCAAGUCGAUUCUAGGUUUACCCAAAAAUUUCGCGAGGACGACAUUUUGAUACGUGUUCGCGCUGUUUCAGUUAAUCCAAUCGAUGUCAAAAUUCGCAGAGGCUACAUUGCCUCACUUUUGAACAGAGUAGCUCGUUUAAAGGGAACUUCCAUGUUCCCCAUUCUCCUCGGUCGUGAUUGUUCAGGAGAAGUCAUUGCAGUGGGCGACAACGUUACAAAGUUUGUUUCGGGGGAUGAGGUCUAUGCGCUGAGUGGGUUUUCGGGAGGGACAUACGCUCAGUUCGCUGUUGUGUCUGCAGAAUCAGCUGCUCUUAAGCCCAAGACCAUCGACCACAGAGAAGCUGCAUCCAUUCCGUUUGUAGCUGCAACGGCUUACUCAGCGCUGGUCGAGAAUGUUGGUCUCAGCCGCACCAACACUCGUGGGAAGAAAGUGUUAGUUCAUGGGGGGACUGGUGGUGUUGGGUCGUUCGCUGUCCAGCUCCUGAAGGCCUGGGGUGCCACAGUUGCUGUUACAUGCUCAGCUGAGAAUGCAUCCUUGGCACGCAGUCUUGGGGCCGACAAAGUGAUUGAUUACAAAACAAGUGAUUUCACUCGAGAAAUCCAAUAUUACGAUGUGGUGUUAGACACCAUUGGCAGAUCUGGCUACGAGCGUCGCUCACUUAAAGUGCUCAAAAUGUAUGAUGGUGCCAGCUAUGUUACAAUAGUCACCCCCAAAGUCACAUUUCUCUCCAAGUUUCCCACCAAUUCUGGGUGCUAUUGCGUACUCGUGGUUCUAUUGCUUCAAGAUCAUCACGAACAGGAUUUUGGGUGGGCGAGGGUUCUAUUACUCGACUGCCAAUCCCAGUGGAAAGAUUCUCGAAGUUGUCUCGGAGAUGGUCGACAGAGGAGAGAUUAAACCAGUCAUUGAUGCGGUGUACGGUCUUGAUGAGAUAGUUGCUGCCCAUCAGCACGUCGAAGAAGGACAUACUAGGGGGAAAGUUGUGGUCACCAUGCCCUGACAACCUCACACAUUUUUUUUUUUUUUUUUUUUUUUUUUUUUUUGUAUCAGUAAGUUCUUACUGUGUAGUUCAUUUUACUUUAGAUGCACACCAUCAUGUGUUUAUACUAAUUCCUAAGAAAACCUGCCUCUGAAUUUACCAAUUCAGUGUACCAUGCUAAUAUCGACCAAAAUGUUGGACAAUGCCUUUUGCUUUGAUGCAGAACCUGUAUUCUCAUUUUCGUACAUGAUAAUUAGCGUGACCUUGCUUCACGUGUAUAUAAUCUCGGGCUGUACACAAGUACUUUUGUAAAAGCAUUUAAGACGUGUGUAUUGUGAUAGUCUCUGAGAAACAAACUGUAUUGCUCAUGUACGCAGUUAUAAUUGUUGUGAUAUAUAUAUACAAUUCCAUUUCACGGCUUUGGCCGCUAUCAGGCAGGUACUGACACAAAGCUGCUCGAUGAUG